GACUACAUCAUUAGUCAUCUCUGCAGCGGCACACUAAAAAUUUUGCCAACUUCCUGAAAGUGAAAUUAUAGACACCUCUACUUGUACAUUGUCUCUCUGUGGUAUCUGUAGUCAUGUGAGCAGAUAUGCUGGUUCCACAGCUGCUCCUUCAGACUCUGGAAGAGCUGCGCCAAGAUGACUUUAAAAAGCUUAAAUGGUUUCUCUCAAUGGACAUCUUGGACGGCUGCAAACCAAUUCCUGUUUCGCGUCUGGAGAAGGCUUCCCUGUGGGACACUGUGAGCAGGAUGAUCGAGAGCUAUGGUGAACAUUUGGCUGUGAGCAUCACUGUUGAGAUUCUGAAGAAGAUGAGCAACAACAACGCUGCAGAGAGGUUACAGAAAAUAUACACAGAGGGAGCAGCAGCACAGGAGAAAGUCUCUCAUUCUCUUGUAACCUCCUCGUCUGCUUUGGGUCUUCCAACUGGUCAGAGAAUCUCUACUGAUGGAGCAGCUGGUGCCAUCGCUCCGAAGGCCCCAAAUGCCCCAAAUGCCUGUUAUGGUGGUGUGAUUGUCAGUCGUAAUGUUGGCAGUCAUGCCAGGGGUGCUGUUGGCAAGAAUGUUGGCGGUAAUGUAAAGGGUAAUGUUGGCAAGAAUGUUGGCGGUAAUGUUUGGGGUGAUGUUGGUAAUAACGUUGGCGGUAAUGUUUGGGGUGAUGUUGGUAAUAAUGUCGGCGGUAAUGUUUGGGGCAAUGUUGGUAAUAAUGUUGGCGGUAAUGUUUGGGGCAAUGUUGGUAAUAAUGUUGGCGGUAAUGUUUGGGGUGAUGUUGGCUUAAAUGUUGGGGGUACUGUUCAGGCUAAUGUUGGAUCAGUUAGAGCAAGUCCUUCAACCGCCCCAACAGUUAACUAUCACCCCUACAAAAUCAUACGCAGAAGAACAUGGAAGUGCCGGUUGGUAAAAACAAAAAGAAGGCAUCUGAAAGCAUUAAGUGUUGUUUCAGGACAAAUGAAGUGAAAUAUCAUAUGAAUCAUUAUUUGAAAUAAUUGAAAAUUAUUCACUUAAAUGUACCACUGAAACAGCUGUCAUCUCUCUUAAAUUCCCUUGAACAAGGCACUGAACUGUACCAGCUGCUUCAGGGGGCCUGCAUCGUGGCUGAUCGUACACUGUGUCUUAACUGAUGCAAAACAAGAAAAGUUUCAUGUUUCCUGUUUGUUAUAUACAUUGAACAAAAAUACAUGUAAUGGUGGUUACAUUAACAGCCCUUCUAAAAUGUGCAGUUUUAUCACACAACACCACACCCAGCAGCAUGGACAGGCAAUAUGGAUCCGGGCCCACUGAGUAAGUCACCUGUGUCUGGCCUGAACAAGCCUGCAUCUCUAAAGCUGGACUAAAUGUAACGGAUAUUAGCUAGUUUGAGCUGGGUCCCCUGCUUGUACUAUUGAAUGACUGACUUCAGUACUUCAUCUGCUCCUGAAUAUGAGAUGUAAAUAUUCAAAUUGACACAACUUGCUGAAUCAGUAACAUUUUCAAAUCAUUUAUCUUCUUUUUAAAAACUUUUUUAUGUUUAAUGUUUGUUAUGUCUUUGUUUAUUUUACAGUUUCCAUUUUAUUUCAUUGUAGUUGUAAAUAGUAAUUC